CCCGGGGAGGAGGGACGCGCGUCCGCGGGGCGGAGACUUCGGGACCUCUGCGGGCCUAGUGGCCCCAGGUGCGAGCCCUUCGCGGCGCAGCUGGCCAGGCUCCCGCAGCGUCGGCGCCGCCCAUGGCCGAGGUGCUCCAGCCAGACCCCGGGGCGGCCGAGGGCGCGGCGGCCCAAGCGGUGGAGACGCCGGGCUGGAAAACCCCGGAGGAGGCGGGCCAGCCUGAAAAUUAUGAGAUCCGACGCUAUGGACCAGCCAAGUGGGUCAGCACUUCCGUUGAGUCUAUGGACUGGGAUUCAGCCAUCCAGACUGGCUUUGCAAAACUGAGCGACUACAUCCAAGGCAAAAAUGAGAAGGAGAUGAAAAUAAAGGUGACAGCUCCGGUGACAAGCUACGUGGAACCGGGUUCAGGUCCUUUCAGCGAGCCUACCAUUACCGUUUCUCUGUAUAUCCCCUCUGAGCUGCAAUUUGAUCCGCCCAGGCCCUCAGAGUCAGAUGUCUUCAUUGAAGACAGAGCUGAAAUGACCGUGUUUGUACGGUCUUUCGAUGGAUUCUGUAGCGCCCAAAAGAACCAAGAACAACUCUUGACAUUAGCAAACAUUUUGAGGGAAGAAGGAAAAGUGUUCGAUGAAAAGGUUUACUACACUGCAGGCUACAACAGCCCUUUUGAAUUGCUUAAUAGAAAUAACGAAGUGUGGUUGAUUCAGAAAAAUGAACCCUCCAAAGAGGAUGAACGAGAAAAGGAAAAAAGUUUCAUCGCGGGGGAGAACUUAUAAUAUAGACAUCAGCGCUGAUGCUAGCUGUGCAUCUGGCCCCUCCAGCUUGAGAGUCCCACUGUGAAUUCCGCUUCUUUCCGUUGUGCCUUUUUAAUGCUUGAUGCUUUACCUGGAUGCCCAGGUAACAGGGGACAGUAGGUCUAUAAACACAUGCAAAUGGGUCAUCUAUUUCCGGGAGGAUCCAGGGACAUAUCCCUUUCUUCCCUUUUCUUUGCUACAGCACCACCAGGUUGCCUUUUUCUGCUUGGAUUUGUAUCAGUUGA